CAGCGUUCUUUUGUGGGUUUGGCGUCUGUUCAAAACUCGCCUCUCUUUUCACGAUUUCCUUUCUGCCCCGCGCCUGCAAUUAAAGACGCGCAGGCGCGCGCAACCGCAAACGAAAUUUUCGGGGCUUCAAAACCCUAGAUUAUGCAUUUUCCCACCAAAACCCACUAACCCAAGGGUGAAGGGUCGAGCCCAGAUGCUCUCUAGGUGCCUUUAGCCACUUGCCGCAUUAGAAUCGUUUUGCGUAGAUCGACUUGUAGCAUGUCGAUGUUUGUCUUAAUACUUCAACGAUGUGUCCUUUCUCUGGCUGUGGAAGAAAUUACUCGUGCUUAGGGUUUUGGAUUUGAAUGUUGAUGGCAGGGUGGUCGGGAAUAGAUGUUGAAGAGCAAGCCCGAGAUUCGGACGGAACAUCAGGGGAAAGUCUCGGGCGGAAUGAAUUCCUGGCAAAUCUGAAAUCUGGGACGGCAAGUUCUUCUUUGUUUGACAACUUUCUGAAAGAUUUUCUCAAGGAGUCUGGGGCUCUAGAUUCUGUUAAGUUCUUCCCUCCGAUGCUUGCCGAUGGAAGAUCUUUGAAUUUGCUUAAAUUGCUUUUGGUUGUGAGGGAGAGAGGUGGGAAUGGUGUUGUGUGUAGGGAUGGGUUGUGGAAUUCCGUUGCUGAAGAUUUGGAGUUGGACUCCAGCUUUGGACCGACGUUGAAAUUAGUGUAUGUCGAGUACUUGUUCGAUUUAGAGAAGAAGUUGGAGAGUCUUGUUGUCGAUAAGGACUUGAACCAGAAAUUGAGAAAUAGUGGCGGGUGUGAGGUUUCGAUGUCUUCAGGGGAUAAAUUGAACGGAAUUUUAUCCGAGAUGCAGAAGUUGAAGUAUUCUGAAUUAGAAUCUGAUUGCAGUCCAAGUAUGGAAGCUGAUUCAGUUUAUGGCGAGCAAUACUCUAGUUAUACGGACUCUGCAAGGAGUACAGUUGAUGGUGUGGAACCAAGGAAGUCGAUAGGGGAACCGGUGAAUAGGUUUGUAAUGGAUUCUUCUAUCUGUGGGGACAACAACAACAACAACAAAAGCAAAUAUGUUGAUGAAAGCAUGCCAUCUGGUUCUUCUGGAAGCAUGAAAGUUGGAGAUGAGGAGGAUGUCAAAAGUGCAGUGGUUGGAACAGAUGAGAUGGAUAAAGGGAGCGAUGACGAGGGUGCUGAUGACAUGGACUGCGAUAAGAAUGUUGUUGAAGAACCAGUUUCUUCUCGUAAGAGGAAACGAGGGUCGAAAUCUGAAAUGCUAAAUUGGCUUUACAGGAUUGCCAGAAAUCCCUGUGAUCUUACAGUUGAGCAAUUGCCAGACAAGUCUAAGUGGAAGUUGUACGGGAGUGAAAAGCUGUGGAAGCAGGUUUUAUUGGCUAGGGAGGAAUUGUUCGAUAAGCGAGAUGUAAUGUCAAGUCCUGCUUCCAAUGGGCAGGAAAACAGGAAGAUGCAUCCUUGCAUGUAUGAAGAUCACAUUGGAACCAAUUACAAUUUUAGAGAGAGAUCAAAAUGUAAAAAUAAUCUUGCUCCACCUGGGGCAAGAUUAUCCAAGAAAGGACACACCUGCCGGUCAUAUUCCUCUCUUACUACUCACAACGGGUCAGACUCUUACACACAAGGAGCAUGUGGUGCUGGUGAUUCCUCUUUGGAAUAUUAUUCUUUCGUGGAACUUCCAGCAGAGAGCGCAAUCCCUGUGGGCCCAGCUUUUCAGGCUGCAGUACCAGAGUGGAUUGGUGGUGGCGUCGCUUCUGAAAGUGAAACAAGGUGGUUGGGUACUCGGGUUUGGCCUCCCCUAUCCCUGCCCAGCAAACUUAUCAUCGAGAGAGAGCCUAUUGGCAAAGGAAGGGUUGACUCGUGUGGGUGUGAAGUGCCAAAAUCAGUGGAGUGUGUGAGGUUUCACAUCAAGGAGAGAAGGCUGAAAUUGAAGCGUGAACUAGGGAAAGCAUUCUACGACUGGAGCUUCGAUAGGAUGGGCGAAGAAGUCAAAGCCAACUGGUCGGAAGAUGAAGAGAAGAGGUUCAUGGCUAUAGUGAGCGGGGUCAAUCUCCCAUCAUCAGGUAGGUGUUUCUGGGAUGAGAUAAUCAAGCAGUUCCCUAGGAAGAGAAGGGAAGAUCUGGUGAGCUAUUACUACAAUGUAUGUCUCUUGUGCCGAAGAGCAUACCAGAAUCGGUUUACCCCCAGUGGGAUUCGUAGUGAUGAUGACGACAGCGAAGAAGAUGUAGACGAGUCUGGGUUGAGAGUCAAUGGUUCUUCUAGGCAUUCUGCAUCCAUCUUGGGCUCUGCAAAGAAGUCGAGGAAAAAACGGUGAUAUGCAGUGUCAGUCUGGCUGGCUGUAGCUGAGAUUUUGAUAUGGGACCUGGUAUUGCGGCCACCCUUUCGCCGCUGUCCCUUGCAAAACGGCAGGAAGUAAGCUUUUCGGUGACUGGAAGUUUUGUCCAAUUCUCAGGGCGUGAAUUUGCUUCUCUUUCUUGUGUAGAUUUUCCUGCAUUCUGUUUCUUCCCCCCCCCUGAAGAUGCACUUCGAAGUCCAAAGUCACCAAUUCAAGGCAGUGUUAGGACUUAGGGUUUGCUUGCUCGCUUUGAUCAUCAUUUUCGUAUUAGGCCGCCAAUCUUAAAACGUAGGAUCUGGUGCACGAGACUGCAAGAGAUGAAUUCAAAGAGAGAUGUCCUUCGUUGGAUCUGACCUCUGGAUUUUGUACAGCUUUACCGCUGUUUUGCUUUCAGAUUCAAAAAUAGGCCCUUACACAUGCACAUUGCGUUUAUGCCAUCAAGUUUUCUUUCCUUUCGAU